GUUUUUCGACGAGGGCAAUGAAUCCUUUUUCUGUGUUAUGCUUGUUCCCGCUGGAUGAGCAUGUUAAUGACCCCUUGCGAUGACCCUAGAUGCUAGGUCGUUGUCUUGACUUCGGGUCAUUACAGAAGUGCAGUCUACUACAACCUCCCACCUGCGGUUGAAGGCGUAUACACACACUUGGCGACUGGCAUCACCACGGACGUCACACGAGUCCCCUCUGGCUUGCGAGUAGGGGUCUUUUUGGCUACGAAACACCCUGCACAAUCUCGACAAUUGACCCUCUAUAAUGCCAGACCUGCAUCCUUUUGGUGGUCGAAUGAGUCGGCAUUUUGGGAGAUCGCUGGCUCCAGAAGAUGCGUACUUGAGCUACUAUGAUAUACGACUGACGAGGGAAGACAUAUCUGUGCUAAAGAAUGACUGGUUGACAGACAAUGUCAUUGCGUUUUGGGAAGAAUAUCUGGAGCGCGAAUACCUCGUCAACUUCAAACACUCUCACAUCGUCCUCCUUCGCCCUACCAUGUCGUUUAUGCUCAUGCAAACACCCGAUCCACGGACGAUCAAGGUACGGUUGCGGCGACGGCGACGGCGACGACGAGUACGCGCUGACAUACGCACGCAGGACGCCCUCCCCGAUCUCACAAACAUAUCCCAUAUUUUCCUCCCCAUCAACGACAAUCACGCCGUUAACGUCGCAGAGGGCGGGACUCAUUGGUCGCUACUACUCGUCUCGAUUGUCGACGGGGUCGCCUUUCACUACGAUUCGAUGCCUCCUGGCAAUCAAAUCGAAGCACACCACGUCACUCAGAAGCUGUCGAGAUUGAUCAACAGACCUCUCAAGUUUAUCCAUCUACACGACAGUCCUUUGCAGGAUAAUUCCUCGGACUGCGGCGUGUUUGUCUGUCUCAACAUGAGACAUUUGUUGCUGAAGAGACUUCUCAUGGUGAGGACCGAUUCCAAGGUCAGCAUGAGUCUGGGUGGGAGAAAAGUGGAUGCGACCGCGGGUCGGAAAGAGAUGUUACGGAUCAUCGACGAGUUUAGAAGAGAGGGUGAGAGAAGAAGAUCAACGAGUAAUUCACCACAUCCCGGUAGGAAGUCGAAGAGUCCUCCAAGAAUAGAUUCACCUCGAAGUCGGGAAUGUUGAUGAAAGACGUAUUCCAAAAAGGCAAUUGAUGAUGAGAGAGAGAAACAUUAAUGUCUUUUUCUUUUGAUGACAUGACGUGGCAUGAUUGAUUCUUAUAUGUCAAAACAUGAAAUACUUUCCUUGUUCUCGGAGUCAAAGCACCUACUGUUCUUGAUGCAUUCGGAUUGUUUGAUUUUGGCUUCAGAGCAAAGGGAUGCUGGCCCCCCAUAGAAGGGAGUCCACUAUUGCUUUUUACGGAGUAACCCAAGACGAAAACCAAUUUGUAGGCACCGCAAUGCUGUCCCGACUCGGGAUACAUCAGACAGGAGGCUGCGGACAGAGUAUGGAGAGCGAAUAAAAGGCGGACGAGGUGUUUCAAUAUUUCCUUCCCUCUAUCAUGAUGGUCUGAUCCUUUCCAUGGCCAUGAAUCCACCUUGUACAUCAC